AGCGAACAGAAUGGGUCGUCGUCGACUGUAAGUUUGGACUAAAAGAGACAUAAUUCGAUUUUCUGAAUCAUCUCAGAAUAUGUAACAAUAGUUAGCACUGGGUAGAAGAGGUCCACUGGAAGAUAGCGCUGGCCGAGUCGCUGGAAUACCUGCGAUUAUAUUCAUUCUUCGCUUGUCAGAAAGUCAGCUGGUGCAAUGGAUGACACUGGCUUGAGCGAUUCCAACGUGAAGGUCGCUGUUCGCGUUCGACCAAUGAACAGGCGAGAGAAGGACCUGAAGACCAAAUGUGUGGUGGAGAUAGAGGGGAACCAGACGGUCUUGCACCCAGCCAGUGCCAACCUGAGCAAAGGAGACCCCAGGAAUCAGUCUAAGGUUUUUGCUUAUGACUACUGUUUCUGGUCCAUGGAUGAAUCUGAAAAGGACAAGUUUGCAGGUCAAGACAUUGUCUUCCAGUCCCUUGGAGAGAGUCUUCUGGACAAUGCCUUCAUGGGCUAUAAUGCCUGCAUCUUUGCCUACGGACAGACGGGCUCUGGGAAGUCCUACACCAUGAUGGGCUCUGCUGAGCAGCCGGGGCUGACCCCUCGCCUGUGCAGCGUGCUGUUUGAGCGCACGCUGAGGGAGCAGGGGGAGGGGGAGAGCUUCACCGUGGAGGUCUCAUACAUGGAGAUCUACAACGAGAGGGUCCGCGAUCUCCUCGACCCCAAGGGUAGCCGGCAGACCCUGCGGGUGAGGGAACACAAGGUUCUGGGGCCAUAUGUUGACGGCCUGUCUCGUCUGGCUGUGGCCAGCUACAAGGACAUUGAGUCUCUGAUGUCAGAGGGGAACAAGUCUCGUACCGUGGCGUCCACCAACAUGAACGAGGAGAGCAGUCGCUCCCACGGAGUCUUCAACAUCAUCCUCACUCACACUCUCAUGGACGUCAAGUCCGGGACGAGUGGAGAGAAGGUGAGCAAGCUGAGCCUGGUGGACCUGGCAGGCAGUGAGAGAGCAGCCAAGACAGGAGCAGCUGGAGAGAGGCUGAAGGAGGGCAGCAACAUCAACAAGUCUCUGAGUACCCUGGGGCUGGUGAUCUCAGCGCUGGCAGACCAGGGAGCAGGGAAGAACAAGACCAAGUUUGUUCCCUACCGAGACUCUGUGCUCACCUGGCUACUCAAGGACAGUCUGGGGGGUAACAGUCGGACUGCCAUGAUCGCCACCAUCAGCCCUGCAGCGGACAACUACGACGAGACGCUGUCCACGCUGCGCUACGCCGACCGCGCCAAGAGCAUCGUCAACCACGCGGUCGUCAACGAGGACCCCAACGCCCGCAUCAUCCGGGAGCUGAGGGAGGAGGUGGACAAGCUGCGAUACCAGCUGACCGAGGCUGAGUCUAUGAAGGCUCCUGAGCUGAAGGAGCGCCUGGAGGAGUCUGAGAAACUGAUCCAUGAGAUGACCAUCACCUGGGAGCAGAAACUCAAGAAGACCGAGGCCAUCGCUCAGGAGCGCCAGAAGCAGCUGGAGAGUCUGGGCAUCUCUCUCCAGUCGUCCGGGAUACGCCUGGUGGACGACAAGUGCUUCCUGGUCAACCUCAACGCUGACCCAGCUCUCAACGAGCUGCUGGUCUACUAUCUGAAGGACCACACGCGCGUGGGAGCGGCAGAUUCCCAGGACAUCCAGCUGUGCGGCAUGGCCAUCCAGGCCGAACACUGUGUCAUCGACAUCACCGUGGAAACCCGGGUCGUCCUCACCCCUCACUGCAACGCACGCACCUGUGUGAACGGGUCUUCAGUCACCAGCCCGGUCCAGCUUCACCACGGCGACCGCAUCCUCUGGGGCAACAACCACUUCUUCAGGAUCAACCUCCCCAGACAGCUGGCCCGUGCCGGGGCGGAGGAGGAGGAGGGAGCAGGGAUGAGGCCAGGCCUCAGUGCCGACCACCUGGACGUGGAUUUGGACUCGGCCAGCGACGCGUCCAGCGAGGUCAGCUUCAGCUACGAGUUUGCUCAGACCGAGGUCAUGAUGAAGACCAUGGGCAGCAACGACCCCAUGCAGGCGGUGCUGCAGGCUCUGGGGAGGCAGCACGAGGAGGAGAAGCGCUCGGCGCUGGAGCGUCAGCGGCACAUGUACGAGACAGAGCUGCAGCAGCUGCGCCGCAGGCUCCACCCAGAGAGGACCGCACCCGCUGGCCUGGACCUGGCUCCGCCCACCUCCGCCACCGCACCGUCCCCCCCCGCCGCACACAACCGUGUACGCCGCUGGAGCGAGGACAGAGAGGCGAUGAUGACGCGCAGCCUGCGGCGUCUCAGAGAGCAGAUCGUCAGAGCCAACCUGCUGACCCAGGAGGCUGCCUUCAUCUCUGAUGAGCUGGACAAGAGGACCGAGUACCUGGUCACCCUGCAGAUCCCUGCAGCCAACCUGGACGCCAACAGGAAGCGUGACGCGGUGCUGAGCGAGCCGGCGGUGCAGGUGAGGAGGAAGGGGAAGGGCAAGCAGAUCUGGGCCCUGGAGAAGAUGGAGAACCGUCUGGUGGACAUGAGGGAGCUGUACCAGGAGUGGAAGGACAGUGACGAGGACAACCCUGUGAUGCGUUCGUAUUUCCGGCGGGCAGACCCGUUCUUUGACGAGCAGGAGAACCACAGUCUGAUCGGCGUGGCCAACGUCUUCCUGGCAUGUCUGUUCCACAACGUCAAGCUGCAGUACGCAGUUCCCAUCAUCAACCAGAAGGGGGAGGUUGCGGGACGUCUGCAUGUGGAGGUGUGGCGGGGCAGCGAGGGGCUGGAGGAGAACACAGCACAGGACGUAACCGACGGCGACACGCAGGAACGCAAGCUGGAGUGUGUGGUGAAGAUCCUGCAGGCCACCGGUCUGCCCCGGCACCUGUCCAACUUCGUGUUCUGCCAGUACCACUUCUGGGGGCAGGAAGAGCCCCAGUUCAUCGCCCCAGAGAUGGAGCCCUCGCCCCCCUCGCCCUCCUCCGUCCGGGACCCCCACUGCUCCGUGGUCUUCGACAGCACCUUGGAGCUGGAGGUGGCUGUAUCGGAGGACUUUGUGGAGUUUGUGUCGGAGGGGGCGUUAGCUAUCGAGGUGUUCGGACACAAGCAGGCCAACCACCGCAGGAACCUGGCUCUGUGGGACCUGGGGGUGAUCCAGGCCAAGACACGCUCCCUCAGAGAGAGGUGGAGCGAGGUGACCCGCAGGCUGGAGUUGUGGGUGCAGGUGAUGGAGCUGAGCGAGGCUGGAGACUUCACCCCUGUGGAGGUCCUGCCGGCCAAGGAUGUUCGCACCGGGGGCAUUUUCCAGCUCAAGCAGGGCCAGUCGAGGCGUCUGCAGGUGGAGGUGAGGGCGGUGCAGGACUCGGGCACCAUGCCUCUCAUCACCGUCUCCGUCCUCGCCGUCUCCAUCGGCAACGUCCAGGUCCGCCAGGCAAGCCAAUCACUGCAGAUGGAGGAGGAUGAGAUGGACAGCUACCAGGAGGGGGACCUGGAGAGACUGAAGCAGCAGUGGCUGGCGACCCUCACUAAGAGACAGGAGUACCUGGACCAGCACCUGCAGAAGAUCGUCUCCAAAGCUGAUAAGUCCGAAGACGACGUGGAGAGGGAGUCCCAGCUGCUGGAGUGUCGUCUGACCCUGACGGAGGAGAGGAACUCUGUCCUGGUGCCCUCCGCUGGCAGCGGCAUCCCUGGAGCCCCCGCAGAGAGAGUUCCUGUCCCUGGGAUGGAGACCCACAUUCCUGUUCUCUUCCUGGACCUCAGCGCUGAUGACUUCCAGGAGAACCUGUCUGCUCCUCUGGCAGGAGGCCUGGAUGCUCUGCUGAGCAGAGAGGACGAGGACGACUUCUUCGACCUUCAGAUCGUCAGGCACCACGACUCGGAGGUGAAGGCGGAGGCGUCCUGGGACUCCACGGUCCACAGCUGUCCCCAGCUGAGCCGGGCGGGGGCGGCGGACCAGCGCGUGUUCCUGACCGUGCGAGCCGUGGUUCUGCUCAGCCACCCGGCGCCCCUGCAGCUGGUGCUGCGCAAACGCAUCUGCGUCUGCCUCACCGGGCGGCAGGGCUUCGCCCAGAGCCUGCUGAAGAGGAUGUCCAACCGCAGCACGGUCCCUGGCUGUGGAGUCACCUUCGAUAUCGUCUCCAACAUCCCUGGGGAUGUGCAGGCCCCGGAGGACAGGGAGAUGCUGGCCAGGCUGGCUGCCAGCACAGAGGACGGCCAGUCUGCAGACAGCGAGGCGGCCAUAGAGAAGUACCUCCGCAGUAUCCUGGCUGUGGAGAACAUACUGACUCUGGACAGACUCCGACAGGAGGUAACAGUAAAGGAGCAGCUGGUGGUGAAAGGCAAGAUAUCCAGACGUUGUCUCAGCUCUCCCAGUGUACAUCGGCUGUCAGGUAGCAUGCGGGACCUGUCUCUCUCGACACACAGACUGGAUGACUUCAAGGGCUGGGAGAGCCACCAGGAUCUGUCUGUGGUGUCUCAGAGCCGACGCACCCUCCCUGCCUCCUCUCUGCCCCAGGACCAGCACGCUGAGACCGGCCGUUCAGGGUUUGCUGCGUCUUAUUUCCCCCCAGUGCCCAAACUCCUCAAGUCUCUCUUCCAUGGCAAGGAGGAGAAGAGAGAGCAGAGUCUCGCCCCUGACCCUGCCCCCGCCCCUGACCCCGCCCCUGCCGCCCCUGACCCCGCCCCUCAACAGCUGUCUCAGAACCUGCCUCGUAUUGUGAUCCAGUCUGCAAGUGUUGAUGAGUUCAUGGAUCGUCAGCAACUGGUCCCCAUAGCGGAAAUCAUACCGCCGGAGUUCCUCUCGGACGCUUCGUCAGCCACGCCGCUCCCCCAGGAGGUCGUCACAGAGCCGGAGGACUCCGCCCCCGGCCAGUUCAGUGAGGCCUCCAGCGGCUACAUGUCCACCAGUGUUUCCACAGCGACCCUGUCGGACGUCUACACGCUGACGUGGGACACCUCCCCCCCGGCGUGUUCCAGGUCGGAGGUCUUCGACAUGACGAUAGACGGAGGUCACGACCCUCAACCUACACCGUCAUUGGACGUCUCGAGUCACAUGGAGGCGGCAGCAAAAAGCGACCUGUUGACAACAGAAUCUGCUGACCCUGCAGAUCCUGGAUGCUUACCUGCAGCCUCCACUGCUCCGUCAGAGCCACAGGCCCGGUCUGGCUCAGAUGACCCAGAACCAGCUAGAUCAAAUCAGUCAAACUGUGUGUCAUCAUCCUCACUGAACAGAUCAGCACUGGUUAUUUCUGAUGAAGAACCAACAAUACUAUCAGACCCAGUGGAGGAGUUGAACCUGGUCAGCAUAGCACCUCCAGAACCGAAGUCAGUGGUGCCACAGGGCCAGACCAAGAACCUGGAAGAACCUCCACUUUUAGACCUGCCGGUAGCAACACAAGCAGAACCAACAAACCAGACACAUGUCAGACAGGCAGAUUCAUCCUCAGUUUCAGUCUCCUCAGAAGCGUGUGAAAAGGCCGGUCCAGAUCAGUCUCUGAUCCUUGCUCCGCCAGAAGACCAGGAAGAACCAUCUACCCAGAUUGCAACAGGGCAGGUGGCCCCAGCCUCAACCCUACCCCCAGCCUCAGCCUCAACCCCAGCUCAAACCUCAUCUCCACCCCAAGCCCCAGCCUCAACCCCAGCUCCAGCCUCAACCCCAGCCUCAGCCUCAACCCCAGCCUCAGCUCCAGCCUCAUCUCCACCCCCAGCCUCGUCCCAGUCUAACCCCACCGCAGCGCUGGCUGCAGCCAACCCCUUCAAGAUCCAGAAGGUGAAGACGUCCGAUCUGAAGUCGUUCCAUCGCAUCCUGGAUGACGAGGAGCAGGGCGGGAGCGCCAGCAGUCUGGGGGCGGAGCUAUCCGACCCCAUCCAGAGGCUGGAGAUAAUCUCCGAUGAAGAGGGCGGGAGUGCCAAGGCUGCCACGGUCGCGCCUGAUUGGCUGAAGGUGGGGGAGUUUGUGAUCGUAGGGACCAAUAAGAAUGGAACGGUGCGCUACGUCGGACCUACAGAGUUUGCCGAGGGCACCUGGGUAGGCGUGGAGCUAGACGUACCAGCAGGGAAGAAUGACGGGUCAGUGGGCGGCCGACACUACUUUCACUGUAACCCUGGUUACGGGGUGAUGGUGAGGCCUGAUAGGGUGAGCCGCGGGGGAAGUGAGGCGAAGAGGCGGAGACAACAGCAGAAACGGCGCAGUGCCAACCUGUCAGGAUCCAGCCCCAACCUGGCUGCCCUCACCGCAUUGGCCAAAGGGGAGGGUCACGGCGGGACUGCAGCCAGUCGCAAGGAAGAGAACCGCAAGUCCUGGAACAGCUGAGGGCCAAUGACAAGAAAGCUUCUAAAGAACUUCAUGUCUGACUGACAGUUGACAGACAUGACUCUGACUUACCAGAAAGUUCUAUGUUCGUAAGAACGUUCCACAGGCAAUCUCCCCGUGUCAGGAGAAUGCAGUGGACCAAGUCAAGCUGUCAAGUGCUGUUGACAGUGAAUGUGCCUUAUACUGUUGGAGCUGGACGUUCUCUGUGGAGGUAUGGAUUUACUGGUAUGUAUUGUAAGUUUGCAGAUGUAUUUUUAGGACUUAGCACACUACUGAUAAUAAUACUGCUGAAUAUCACUUAGAUUUUUAUCCUGUUUGAAUCAGGGGUUAUGAACCGGGAAGGGAUGUGAUUGUAGACAGAAGGGGGGUGUAGUUUAACGGUAUGAAUGGAAAAAAAACAGUAUUGUGUAAUUUAUGUAGUGGGAUACUUGGGCUUGUUUUUAAUGUGACUUGGGAUCUCAAGGUAUUGGCAUGGAUACUGUACACUACCAUAAGCAAAUCUUUCCUUCUUUUUUUUUUACCCUGUGUUCAAUCUAAGAGAGCAUAAAUCUUUAUUUAUUCAUGGUUUAAAUUUUAAAUUAAAAAAUUUAAAAAGUAUCUUUCAAGACUUUUAUAUAAAUUUGAAACUUUUAAAUAAACGUUAUACUGUUCAA